AUGGGUCUAUCAUACAACAUUUACCUCAACUCAUCGCGCAUCUACGGUUGCAAGAACUGCAAGACGCAUCUCUCGAACCACGAUGACAUCCUGAGCAGAAACUUUCGCGGCCAGCACGGCAAGGCAUACCUGUUCGACAGCGUCGUCAACAUCACCGAGUCGGAGCCUAACGAGCGCAACAUGACCACCGGCCGGCACGUCGUACGCGACAUUCAUUGCCGACAGUGCAAGGAGACGGUGGGUUGGAAAUACGACAAGGCAUACGAGGCCAGUGAGAAGUACAAGGAGGGGAAGUUUAUCCUAGAAGCAGAGCUGCUCUGCACUGUGACAUGA